CGACUUCCUUGGAUGAACAGACUUCACUGAAAGCAGGCUCCAGGGAACUUUGCCAGAAAAAAAAAAAAAAAGGCAGAUGAAAACUAUGAUGCGCCACAGUAGCGAUUCGCUUUUACAGUGGCUAUGUGGACCGCGUAUAAUCUUAAACAAUGUACAUUUGAUUUCAGUCAGUUUUCUAUCGGGAUAAAACAUCUCGUCUGAGGGAUGUUAAUCGGUCAGAGAUUAUAUUCCCGGACGAGACAGACUUGUUGCGUAUUUGAUGAGCCAGCGUCUGUAAAUUCUGUUAAAAAUGGGUUGCUCUGUCCUGGUGCUCACUGUCAUUGCGUCCACUCUUGGUGGCCUAGUGUUCGGCUAUGAGCUCGGAAUAAUAUCCGGCGCUCUGCCGCAGCUUCAAGCUCAGUUCUAUCUGGGUUGUGUCCAGCAGGAAGCCGUGGUUAGCGCACUUCUGAUCGGAUCAUUGUCAGCAUCUGUGAUUGGUGGCUGGCUGAUUGAUCGUCAUGGCAGGAGGACAUCCAUUUUACUAAGUAAUCUCCUCAUCCUGGGAGGCACCAUUAUCCUAACUACAAGCAUAUCUUUUUUGGCACUGGUGGUUGGUAGGGCCAUCAUUGGUUUUGCAAUGAGCAUUUCGUCUAUGAGCUGCUGCAUCUUUGUCUCUGAGAUGGUUGCUCCCGAACGCAGAGGGUUGAUGGUUACCCUGUAUGAAGUUGGAAUUACAGUUGGGAUCUUGUUGGCCUAUGCGGUCAACUACGUUUUAUCUGGAAUCCAAGCAGGAUGGAGAUACAUGUUUGGACUUGCUAUUAUACCAUCUCUCAUGCAGUUGGUGUCCAUUGGGUUUUUACCUCAGACAACCGGUACCUCUGAAAGCCUCGUAAUGGAGGACGAUAGCCAGCAAUCUGAUAGAUUAUCAGGAGAAAUGUCAAAUCAGCACCCAACAGAACAAGUUAAAUAUAGUGUCUUUGACCUUUUCAAAACCAAAGACAACAUGUGCAGAAGAACCGCCAUUGGUCUUGGGCUGGUGCUCAGUCAACAAUUCACAGGUCAGCCGAAUGUCCUCUUCUACGCUUCCACCAUCCUUUUCUCGGUGGGAUUUCAGAGCAACGCAUCUGCAGUUCUUGCGUCGGUGGGUCUGGGUAUAGUCAAAGUCAUUGCUACUCUGUUGGCAAUGGUAUGUUCAGACAAGGUUGGUCGAAGAUCACUUCUGAUUGGGGGAUGCACAGUGCUGGCUAUAGGAUUGAUAAUUACUGGUGUCUUGUGCGGACAGUCCGUGAUUGAUACAACAAAACAAUGCACUUCAUUAGAACCACAUUCAAAUUUGACCUCACCGGCUGAAAAUCAAGAAAACGUGGGCAUCAACUUGGCCAAUCAAAGUACUCCAUCUGCUGGACAUGAAACACAUGAUGCUUACGGAGAUUCAAAUAUUUCUUCACACUCCGAGGACGUGUAUAAGUGGAUUAUUUUUAUCUGCAUGAUGACAGUUGUGAGUGCCUUCUCAGUCAGCUUUGGACCAAUGACAUGGCUUGUGCUAAGUGAGAUAUUUCCAAAGGAAGUCAGGGGAAGAGCGUAUUCAUUCAUCAACUGCUUCAAUGUGGGGGCCAACCUCAUAGUUACCUUUUCUUUCUUGAGUAUAACAGAUGUGAUAGGUCUAUCUGGAAUAUUUUUUGUGUAUGGAGUUAUCGGAUUGGCAGCAGUUGUGUUCAUCUACCUUGUGCUACCAGAAACCAAAGGAAAAUCUCUUCAUAAAAUUGACAGAGAACUCUCUCAGACACGAUUUAUUCACAGAGAGGAAUUCUGCAAUAUUUUCCAAAGAAGACAUUUCGCCCCAGGGUAUCAGAGAGUUCACUUGACAAGCACAACAACAUGACAUGAAGCAGAAAGUUAUAAAAUCCCUCUGCUGACCAUCAAUACGGAUCAAUCUGUUCAUUGGAUAAUAUUGUUCAGUGUUUUAAUGAUAAUGGCUGUCUAUUUUUGUUUUCUCUUUUGUAGGAACUAUUGAACUACAGUAUGAUUCACAUGGUCGGUUCACAUGCAUGUGAUAUUUACUAGUGAUAAAUCUUUAUGAAAUCAUGACAUACUUUUGUAAUUAUAAUUUUAAAUAAGUAUACAUUACACCUACUUGACUCUUAUUUUAUGGCUUUUGUAGUCUGUGACAAAAUCUGUGUGUCAGAGCACAUUAAAAAUGUACAAUUUAAAUGAUUAAAACCUUGUUUAAAUGAUGUGUGAUGAUAUGUGGAAUUGCACACAGAACAAACAAACAGAGAUAUAGAGAGAUGUUAGGAACAUCUUGCAUUUUUCAUGUAGAUUUUUAAAUAAAUGAAGUUUCUGAAAUUGAUAUGUACUUUUAUGCAGCUCAAUGAAAACAAAAUGAUGCACUCAGAAAAGUAGGGCAAAAUAAAACCCCUUUCUUACUGAACACAAUGUAUUUAUAAACACUAUCAUUGCUUUGCAUAAAUUUUAAAAGUCAAUGAAACCAUUUAACAUUCAUAUGUUGGCAUUUUCUUUGCCUUCAGGAUAUACUGUAUAUAUUUGAUCAGUUCAUGCAUUCCCUGGAACUGAACUGUUUGA